AUGACUUCUUGUGAAAACACAAUAGAAAGCAAAAUUUACGUUAAUCGAGGCACAUUUAUUCUUGUCUCGGUUUACCGAUUUUAUAAUCAUUUGCAAGAAGCCCAAAUUUCAUUACUACCGAUCAAAAUCAAAAGCAUCACUUAUGUCGAAGAAUUAAUUGUUGUAGCUAGAUUUAAGAAGCAAAAUGUGUCGUAUUCAGUUACAUUUGAUACUCGUAUGGUGUGUUCGAGCAUAAACAUCAAAGUUUUGAAAUCUUUUCAAUUUUACCUCAAGAAAACUCCGAUAAACAUUGAAAUGUACCUGUUGCUAUAG